CUGAGAGUCUGAGACCACCGCCAGGAGAGGAGACGAGAGGAGACGAGACGAGGAGAGAGGAGAGAGGAGAGGAGUGUGUACUCACUCUACCUUCCCCAUCCCUUGCCUUCAACGCCAUCUCUCUCCCUCCCUCGACCUCGUCGCUCGCAUCGCAAGUCGCAACUACCUGACCUGACAUGUUAGGGCUUGCUAUUGCUACUACUUAACGAUCGAUUCACUAAUUAUUUAUUUAUAUCUUCAGGAUGAGUUUCCGUUACCAAUCCCAGCAGCUCCGUCCCGGGAUCAUACUUCCCACUCUUCUUCUUCUCUGUUUCACUCUCGCUCGGGCGAAGCACUCGUCCCCAGAAGAGCUAGAGAUUCGGUACGUUUCAGCGGUUGGGGACCCCGGAAUGAAGAGUCCAAAUGCAAGAUUUGCAUGGGAAGCUUGGGAUUUCUGCAAUGAAGUAGGAACCGAGACGCCAUACAUGGGCAGCCCCAGGAUGGCUGAUUGUGCUGAUCUUUACUGCCCACCAUCAACAUCUUCAGGAUCGGGAUGGGGAAGCGAGUGCCAAGUGCUCCACAGAGUGAAUGAAUCUGUGAAUAGAUGGAGAGCUGGUGACGGCUGUCUUCCUACCACACUGUCUACGGAUCCCAAUAUUUAUGCUGUGGAGAAGGAAAAAUAUCUCGGGCGUCUCUGCGAGGUGCGUGAUUGGUAUUUCUGGAUGAUCAUGCUCAAGAAUGGAAAUUUUGACAAGAAUACUACUCUCUGUCCUGAGAAUGGCAAAAAAGUAGCUAAGAUAGUCACGGACCGUACCUUUCCUUGCUUCGGCCAUGGCUGCAUGAACCAACCGCUCGUGUAUCACAACCAAUCCAAAAUUGUUUCCUACAACAACGACAGCAACAACAUCGUGUCUCUGGCUGGAGGGUUUUAUGGGACGUAUGACAUUGAUGAUACCAACCUCACCCCUUAUGGAGGAGGAGGGAACAAAUCCUUUUUCUCUGCUUCUUGGCACAAGAAUCCACUGACAAAUAGCUGGAUUAUAUCACAGAAAUUGACAACAUCAUCCAAGUAUCCCUGGCUGAUGCUGUAUCUACGAUCUGAUGCAGCCAACGGAUACAAUGGAGGCUACCAUUACGAUGGUCGCGGCAUCAUGCGGAAGCUGCCCGAGUCUCCUAACUUCAAGGUCAGGUUGAGUUUGGAAGUUGAACAAGGUGGAGGGCCCAACAACCAAUUUUAUCUCAUUGAUAUUGGAGGGUGUUGGAAGAAUAAUGGGGAUGCCUGUGACGGUGAUGUUCUGACGGACGUAACAAGGUACAGCGAGAUGAUUAUCAACCCCGCAACCACAAGUUGGUGUCGUCCAGACAACAUCGUGUCCUGCCCGCCCUACCACACGAGCUCCUCGGGGGAGAUCAUCCACAGAAACGAUACAUCCCGGUUUCCAUUCUCUGCCUAUCACCUCUACUGUGCUCCUGGAAAUGCUCAACAUCUGGAAAAGCCAUACGAUAUAUGCGACCCAUACAGCAACCCUCAAGCGCAGGAACUGGUGCAAAUCCUCCCUCAUCCCGAGUGGGCCGUGCACGGGUACCCGGAGAGAAAAGGGGAUGGAUGGAUUGGCGACCCCAGAAGCUGGGAGCUUGAUGCUGGUGCCCUGUCCAGCCGCCUCUACUUUUAUCAGGAUCCAGGCUCAAAACCAGCGAGACGGGUGUGGACUUCGAUCAAUGUGGGGGCAGAGAUAUACAUUAGCCCCUCAGGGGUUACCGCCGAAUGGACCCUCAGUGAUUUCGAUGUUCUAGUUCCUAAGGAUGAUGAUGCCGAAUGGGCCGCCGCAGACAUGUAGCAUUUUGCACACCGCACACUGCAAAAGAACGACGGGAUGAUGAAAAUGUAUGUACACGUGUGUGUGUGUAUAUAUAUAUAUAUUUUUGUAUGGUGUGGGACACUUCUUCAUUCACUACUAUUCUGUGAUUCUUCGUCUGCCUGUUGCUUUUUUAGCUUUGAUGAGAAUGAUGAUGACUUGUCUGAGUUUUACAUUGGUCUUGCUUCUUCAAUGCACUUGAGGAAAAAAGACAACGACUGCCUGCCUACCCACCUUUGGCAUGCCCACAACCAAAGCCAUGUUUCUUAAUGACCAUCAUACCAUCACAAACCGUAAUAUCCAAACAAUCAAACAAAAUGAGAUCAAACCAUACAGAAGGGGCAAUAAGCAGAAGCAGCAGCACCACAUUAUGACACAGAAUGCUUGCUAGAUAGACAGUCAAGGCGCAUCUUAAAACAAAUAUGCAGCUAAAAGUGUAAAUUUUUAAAUCAGCUAUAUUCCCAAAUACACAUAGCAUUCGGGAUCCAGCACCCACAGAGAUAUCCAUUCACCAAAAAAAAACACGCACAGAACAGAACUGAACUAGGUACAAAACAUAAGAAA